AUGGACGCAACACAGGCAUCAUUGGAGAAGGGAAAGAUGGACCAAGACGGGCCCAUCACACAGGUACAGCCGGAACCUGCGCACCCAUAUGAUGUCGACUAUGAAGAGAAGCAUGGAGCACCGGCCAGUGCCGAGCCCGACCUCAAACGGGGUCUGAAGUCGCGACACCUUCAGAUGAUUGCUAUCGGUGGUACUAUCGGAACGGGACUAUUCAUCAGUAGCGGAGAGGCCGUUUCCACAGCCGGUCCUGUGGGCGCCCUGAUCGCGUAUAUGUUUGUCGGCUCCAUUGUCUAUAGUGUCAUGACCGCUCUGGGAGAGGUUGCUACCUACAUACCCGUCGCAGGAGGUUUCACGAGCUACGCAACCCGUUUGAUCGAUCCUAGUCUGGGCUUUGCCAUGGGCUGGAUCUACUGGUUUUCCUGGGCAUCGACCUUCGCAUUGGAAUUGACCGCCACCGGUCUGAUCAUCCAAUUCUGGGACCCCACAAUUCAGAUUGCCAUCUUUAUUGCAGUCUUCUGGGUGGUGAUUAUCGUCUUUAAUAUGCUCCCUGUGAACUUCUAUGGUGAGCUGGAGUUCUGGUUCUCGAGUAUCAAGGUGCUUACGGUGAUUGGGUUCAUGAUCUUCGCUAUCUGUAUGAAUGCUGGCGUGGGCGAUGAGGGUUACCUGGGGUUCAGAUACUGGGUCCAUCCGGGUCCGUUUGUCCCUUAUGAACAUGUCCACCCAGAUUCUUUGGCCAAGUUUGUCGGUUUCUGGUCUGUCCUGAUCCAGGCCGGAUUUUCUUACCAAGGAACCGAAUUGGUUGGCAUCGCGGCGGGUGAAACCGAGAACCCCCGUAAGACGAUCCCUUCCGCGAUCCGAAAGACCUUCUACCGUAUCAUCUUUUUCUUCGUCUUGACCGUCUUCUUCAUCGGUAUCGUGGUUCCCUCAAACGACAGCCAUCUGGUGUCGAGUGGUGGCACCGAUGCCAGUUCCAAUAACGGAAACGGCUCGCCAUUUGUGAUCGCAGCACGCCGAGCCGGUGUUGCAGUGCUUCCAUCUUUAAUUAAUGCGGUUCUCUUGACGGUGGUCCUUUCGGCCGCGAACUCGAACGUCUACAGCGGUAGUCGUAUUAUCGUCGGUCUCGCGCAGGAAGGCUUCGCACCACGGUUCUUCACGAAGACCAGCAAAGGCGGAGUGCCAUACUAUGCUGUGGGCUUUACGGCUCUGUUUGGGUUGCUGGGCUUCCUCAAUGUGUCCAAUGCGGGUUCGACGGUGUUCACUUGGUUGCUCCAGAUCUCGGGCGUCGCCGGUUUCAUUACCUGGUGCUCUCUCAAUGCCUGUCAUCUAGCAUUCCAGCGCGCUUUGAAGGCCCGUAACAUCUCCCGCGACGUGCUGCCUUACAAGGCCAUGUGGCAGCCAUGGUUUUCCUGGUACGGCCUGUUCUUCAACGUCCUUAUCAUUCUCACUCAGGGAUUUACCUGUUUCUUCCCGACGUUCUCCGUCGAGGACUUUUUCAUCAACUACCUGAGUCUGAUCUUGUUUGUGGUACUUUACAUCGGCCACAAGGUGAUCUUCCGCCCUUCGUUCGUUAGGUCGCUCGAGGCGGACCUUGACACCGGCCGAACGACUUUCGAAAACGAGACGUGGGAGACGAACGAGCCAAAGUCAACCACGUGGUAUGUUAAGCUAUGGCAGUGGAUUGGCGGCUAA